CUUCCCCAUAUUUCCCAGAGCGAAGGUAGCGAGACCCGAAAAGCAUUUUUCCUGGGUUACAUGGUGCACAGACUGCUGCAGUGUGCUUUGGGCCGUCGGGAUGUCGAUGAUCGUGACCACUUCGGCAAGAAACGUCUCGACUUGGCUGGUCCUCUUCUUGCGAACCUCUUCCGAGUUCUGUUCACCCGUGUCACCCGUGAUCUUCAGCGGUACGUGCAGAGAUGCGUGGAGACGAACCGGGAAAUCUACUUGAACAUCGGUAUCAAGGCCAGCACCCUGACAGGAGGAUUGAAGUACGCUCUUGCUACGGGUAACUGGGGGGAGCAGAAGAAGGCCGCCAGCGCUAAGGCUGGUGUGUCUCAGGUGCUCAGUCGUUACACCUACGCCUCUACCUUGUCUCACUUGCGUCGUACCAAUACGCCCAUUGGUCGAGACGGUAAAAUCGCCAAACCUCGACAGCUUCACAACACCCAUUGGGGUCUGGUCUGUCCAGCAGAGACUCCUGAGGGUCAAGCUUGUGGACUGGUCAAGAACUUGGCGCUCAUGUGCUAUAUCACUGUUGGUACACCUAGUGAGCCUAUCAUUGAUUUCAUGAUCCAGCGCAACAUGGAGGUUCUGGAAGAAUUCGAGCCGCAGGUCACUCCUAAUGCGACAAAGGUGUUUGUCAAUGGUGUCUGGGUCGGUAUUCACAGGGACCCAGCUCAUCUUGUCAACACGAUGUCGUCUCUCCGUCGACGAAACAUGAUCUCGCAUGAAGUCAGUUUGAUUCGAGAUAUCCGUGAACGAGAGUUCAAGAUUUUCACCGACGCUGGGCGUGUCUGUCGACCACUUUAUGUUGUCGACAAUGAUCCGAAGAGCGAAAACUGUGGCUCUCUGGUGCUCAACAAAGAGCAUAUCCGCAAACUGGAGCAGGACAAAGACCUGCCUCCGGAUCUAGACCCAGAAGACCGCAGGGAGCGCUAUUUUGGUUGGGACGGUUUGGUAAAAUCUGGUGUUGUUGAAUACGUCGACGCCGAAGAGGAAGAGACGAUUAUGAUUGUGAUGACGCCAGAAGACUUGGAGAUCUCGAAGCAGCUGCAGGCUGGUUAUGCGCUCCCUGAAGAAGAGCUUCACGACCCCAACAAACGUGUUCGCUCUAUUCUGAGCCAAAAGGCACACACAUGGACUCACUGCGAGAUUCACCCCAGUAUGAUUCUGGGUGUCUGUGCCAGUAUCAUUCCUUUCCCCGACCACAACCAAUCUCCCCGUAACACCUAUCAGUCUGCCAUGGGUAAACAAGCUAUGGGCGUGUUCUUGACGAACUUCGACCAGCGCAUGGAAACGAUGGCGAACAUUCUCUAUUACCCGCAGAAGCCGCUGGCCACGACACGGUCCAUGGAAUUCUUGCGAUUCCGAGAGCUGCCCGCUGGACAGAACGCCAUCGUUGCCAUUGCUACCUAUUCUGGUUACAACCAGGAAGAUUCCGUCAUUAUGAACCAGAGCAGCAUUGACCGUGGUCUUUUCCGCAGUCUUUUCUACCGCACAUACACGGACAGCGAGAAGAUGGUCGGAUUGACGGUUGUCGAACGCUUCGAGAAGCCUAUGAGAUCGGAUACGAUCGGUAUGCGCAAGGGUACCUACGACAAGCUCGAUGAAGAUGGUAUCAUUGCACCUGGUGUCCGUGUCUCCGGUGAGGAUAUCAUCAUUGGUAAGACGGCACCACUGGCACCCGAGGCGGAGGAACUCGGCCAACGUACCAAGGCCCACACCAAGCUGGAUGUGUCGACUCCCCUCAGAAGUACUGAAAACGGUAUUGUGGAUCAAGUGUUGGUGUCCACCAGCAACGAUGAUCUGAAGUUCGUGAAGGUGCGCAUGAGGACGACCAAGAUUCCUCAGAUUGGAGACAAGUUCGCCUCGCGUCACGGACAGAAGGGUACCAUCGGUAUCACCUACCGGCAGGAAGAUAUGCCUUUUACGCGUGAGGGUGUGUGCCCUGACUUGAUUAUCAACCCUCACGCCAUUCCCUCUCGUAUGACAAUUGCGCACUUGAUCGAGUGUCAGCUCAGUAAAGUGUCAUCGCUGCGUGGAUUCGAGGGAGACGCAACGCCUUUCACCGACGUCACAGUCGACUCGAUCUCCCGUCUUCUCCGGGAGCACGGUUACCAGUCUCGUGGGUUUGAGGUGAUGUACAACGGCCACACUGGACGGAAGCUGGUUGCGCAGGUGUUCCUGGGACCGACCUACUACCAACGUCUGCGCCACAUGGUCGACGACAAGAUCCACGCCCGUGCACGUGGACCGACCCAGAUCUUGACCCGACAGCCCGUGGAGGGUCGUGCUCGUGACGGUGGUCUCCGAUUCGGAGAGAUGGAACGCGAUUGUAUGAUUGCGCACGGCGCCAGUGCCUUCCUGAAGGAGCGGUUGUUCGAUGUGUCGGAUCCCUUCCGAGUGCACAUUUGCGACGACUGUGGCUUGAUGACCCCUGUCGCGAAACUCAAGAAGGGACUCUUCGAGUGUCGACUAUGUAACAACAAGCACCGAAUCUCCCAGGUCCAUAUCCCGUAUGCAGCCAAGCUUCUGUUCCAAGAGCUGGCCUCGAUGAACAUUGCCGCUCGCAUGUUUACCAACCGGUCUGGCGUGUCCGUGCGGUGAGGGGAAGGAAGGAUUGUCAUCCAUGUACAUCAGAUUAUUCGCUUCUGUGUUAUCUCUUCCGUCCUUCGGGUAUUUCUGCUUUUUCUCCUCUUCUCCCUCUUUCUUUUCCUUUUUUU